AAUAGUAUAAUAGUAAAAGAUAUAGUGAGGGAUUUGUUCAGCAACUUAUCUAUUUUAUCUGGAAAUUCGGUCAAGAUACAUGUCGAUAUUCCAUCGAGAUAAAUAGGUAUGCGAUCUGUGCGCUCGCGCAGUGAACCUGGUUGACGACAACGACAUGAAGGUGCUGUUCCUGUUAGCAGGUGUAGCCGUGGCGCUCUGCGCCGUCCCGAAGACUCCUACAACGCGGGACUUUUAUGUGGAAGACAAUGGUGAUGGCGGGCUGGACCUUGUUGUUGUUACUUGUAAGUAUAGAAAUACUAUACCUAUGUAUAUAAACUAAUUGAAAAACUUAAGUAAACAUUAUUUAAUAGAGGAUCCAAUUUUAUUUUUAGCUGAUAAAGGGACCAUGGUGUUGGGUAACAUUGGCCGCAAAAGUGCCGCCAAUGACCCGGACGUCACCUUUGACAUGGACGUGGAUUACGAUGCAUCCAAUGAUGGGUGGAGAGUUUCUAUACGUUGGGAAGGACCCACAGACAAGAUCUUUGAAGAUUGCUUUGGUUUCCGAGGUAAGCAGUGGUAUGCAGGACCAGAGCAAAAGCAACAAUACUGGCCAAUCCAAAACGGCAAGCUCGAAAAAUACUCUAUCAUCUCUAAGGAGGAUGACAACGCCGCUGUAUCCGAAAGAUACUGGCUGAAUUCCGCCGGCUACUACUUUCACGUUCAGCCUGAUGUACCUCUCUUUGUUGACUACCACAAUGUACUCGACGACCACAUAUGCUUCAUUGCAGAAGUAACAGCACCUUAUUCCACCAGGCGCGCAAAUAACGUGCUCAAAUAUGACAUCUGGUUUUUCGAGAAUGCCAAAAUAGCACAUCAACAUGCCGUUGAUACGUUUUUGGGCAGACCAACAGGCCUACCAGACUAUAGGAUGAUUCAAUAUCCCGUCUGGUCAACGUGGGCGAGAUAUUCCCGUGAAAUCGACCAAGAUAGCCUCUGGGAGUUUGCUAAUGAAAUAAAAGAAAGUGGUUUCCCGAACGCCCAAUUCGAAAUCGACGAUCUCUGGGAGAUUUGCUACGGUUCUUUGACAGUGAAUGAGAACAAAUUGCCAGAUUUCAAAAAACUGAUCCAAGACAUCAAAGGUUUAGGAUUUAGGGUAUCAAUUUGGGUGCAUCCUUUCAUUAAUAAAGAUUGCGAGCCAUGGUAUUCCUUUGCAUUGGACAACGGAUACCUGGUUCUGAACGAAGAAGGCAGUCCAGAUACAUCGUGGUGGAACAACAACGGCUCAGUACCCGCCUACAUUGACUUCACCAACAGUGCAGCUGGUGACUGGUUCAGCUCUAGAGUGACUGAACUUAUCCAAACGUAUGACAUUGACAGCGUCAAGUUCGACGCUGGAGAAUCAAGCUGGUCACCUCAGAUUCCAGUACAGAAUGGUCCCAUCGAUCUUCACCCUGGAAACAUUGUUGAAGCUUACGUCAGGACAGUAGCUAACUUUGGUCCCAUGAUCGAAGUAAGAUCUGGAAUGCGUACCCAAGACCUGCCAGUAUUCAUCCGUAUGGUUGACAAAGACACUUUAUGGGACUUUGACAACGGCCUAGCUACCCUGGUCACCACGCUACUGGCCAUGAACUUAAACGGCUACACGCUGGUGCUGCCGGAUAUGAUCGGCGGCAACGGGUAUAACGCAAAACCCAGCAAAGAGUUGUUCGUGAGGUGGCUUCAAGCCAAUGUGUUCAUGCCUACACUGCAAUACUCUUUUGUACCUUGGGACCAUGACGAGGAGGCUGUAGAGAUUAGUAGGAAAUACACGCAACUACAUGCGGACUAUGCAGAUGAGAUAGUGACAGCGAUGGUGGCAUCCAUCGAACAAGGCACGCCCGUCAACCCACCCAUUUGGUGGCUCGAUCCCACCGACGAAGACGCGCUCGCCGUCUGGGAUGAAUUCCUUCUCGGUGAGAGGAUUUUGGCCGCUCCAGUGAUGGAAGAGGGGGCUGUGUCCCGUAACGUAUACCUACCUAAGGGCAACUGGCAGGAUGGCAACACUGGAGAAGAUAUCCAAGGCCCGAUAUGGUUGACCGACUACCCAGCACCGCUCGACACACUGCCGUAUUUCAUACUCCAAGACUAAGCCUCAAUUGGGGAUUAUAAUGGAUAUUUAUAAUUUCCUAAGUGGCAAUAAACAUUUGAUUACCAUUUUAUUCAUAGUCUUUCUAUAUAAUAA